CCACAGUGACUGCAGCAGCAGCAGCGGAGUUGGCGUCGCGUCGACUACGCAUUUUUAUUUUCUUGUUUUCAGCUAGUCUUCGGUAAAAUUUCUCUUCCCACCUGCACACAACAGUAAUAGGGCUGAAGUGGCACGGGGACUCCGAGAGCGGCGAGAUGGCGUCCACGGCAGCGGCAUUUCAAAGCCUCGCCGAACUGGCCCACCGGGAAUACCAGGCGGGCGACUACGAGAAUGCGGAGCGGCACUGCAUGCAGCUCUGGCGACAGGACCCUUCCAACACGGGGGUGCUGCUGCUGCUCAGCUCCAUCCACUUCCAGUGCAGGCGCCUCGACAAGUCUGCCAACUUCUCCACACUGGCCAUCAAGCAGAACCCACUGCUGGCGGAGGCCUACUCGAACCUGGGCAACGUGUACAAGGAGCGGGGCCAGCUUUCGGACGCCCUGGAGAACUACAGGCACGCCGUGCGGCUCAAGCCGGACUUCAUCGAUGGCUACAUCAACCUGGCCGCCGCCCUGGUGGCAGCGGGGGACAUGGAGCAGGCCGUGCAGGCCUACGUGUCCGCCCUACAGUACAACCCCGAUCUGUACUGCGUACGCAGUGAUCUGGGGAACCUGCUGAAAGCCUUAGGUAGGCUAGACGAAGCCAAGGCGUGCUACCUAAAGGCCAUCGAGACGUGCCCCACCUUUGCGGUAGCCUGGAGUAACCUGGGCUGCGUGUUCAACGCCCAGGGCGAGAUCUGGCUGGCCAUCCACCACUUUGAGAAGGCAGUGGCGCUGGACCCCAACUUUCUGGACGCCUACAUCAAUCUGGGCAACGUGCUGAAAGAGGCACGCAUCUUCGACCGGGCGGUGGCGGCCUACCUGCGCGCCCUCAACCUGAGCCCGAACAACGCGGUGGUGCACGGCAACCUGGCCUGUGUCUACUACGAGCAGGGCCUCAUCGACCUGGCAGUGGACACCUACCGGCGGGCGAUAGAGCUGCAGCCCAACUUCCCGGACGCCUACUGCAACCUGGCCAAUGCCCUGAAGGAGAAGAGCCUGGUGACCGAGGCAGAGGACUGUUACCAGACGGCCCUGCGGCUGUGCCCGACCCAUGCAGACUCUCUCAACAACCUGGCCAACAUCAAGCGGGAGCAGGGCUUUGUCGAGGAGGCCACCCGCCUCUACCUCAAGGCCCUUGAGGUGUUCCCGGAGUUUGCGGCGGCCCACUCGAACCUGGCGAGCGUGCUGCAGCAGCAGGGCAAGCUGGCCGAGGCCCUGCUCCACUACCGGGAGGCCAUCCGCAUCUCCCCCACCUUCGCCGACGCCUACUCCAACAUGGGCAACACCCUGAAGGAGAUGGGGGACGUCCAGGGGGCGCUCCAGUGCUACUCCCGGGCCAUCCAGAUCAACCCGGCCUUUGCAGACGCCCACUCCAACCUGGCCUCCAUCCACAAGGACUCUGGGAACAUCCCCGAAGCCAUUGCGUCCUACCGCACAGCCCUCAAGCUCAAGCCGGAGUUCCCGGACGCCUACUGCAACCUGGCCCACUGCCUGCAGAUCGUGUGCGACUGGACGGACUACGAGGGGCGCAUGAAGCGCCUGGUGGCCAUCGUGGCCGAGCAGCUCGAGAAGAACCGGCUGCCCUCGGUGCACCCACACCACUCGAUGCUCUACCCGCUGUCGCACGAGUUCCGCAAGGCCAUUGCGGCCCGCCACGCCAACCUGUGCCUGGAGAAGGUGCAGGUGCUGCACAGGCAGCCCUACCAGCACCCUCGGCGGAGGCCGCCGGGCUGCCGGCUGCGGGUGGGCUACGUGAGCUCGGAUUUCGGGAACCACCCCACGUCGCACCUGAUGCAGAGCGUGCCGGGGUUCCACGACCGGUCGGCCGUCGAGGUGUUCUGCUACGCCCUCAGUCCCGACGACGGCACCAGCUUCAGAGCCAAGAUCGCCGCCGAGGCGGAGCACUUCGUCGACCUGUCCCAGGUGCCGUGCAACGGAAAGGCGGCGGACCGCAUCCACGCGGACGGCAUCCACAUCCUGGUGAACAUGAACGGGUACACGAAGGGCGCCCGCAACGAGGUGUUUGCCCUGCGGCCGGCCCCCGUGCAGGCCAUGUGGCUGGGCUACCCGGGCACCAGCGGGGCCCCCUUCAUGGACUACCUGGUGACGGACCGGGUGACCUCCCCGCCCCAGCUGGCCGGCCAGUACUCGGAGAAGCUGGCCUACAUGCCCCACACCUUCUUUGUGGGCGACCACCUGCACAUGUUCCCCCACCUCAUCGAGCGAGCCAUCAUAGACGCCCGGGACGCCCGGCUCAAGGCUGCCUCUGGGGCCGCCGAACUGCCCGACAACGUGUCCAUCGUCAACGCCACCGACCUGUCGCCCAUCAUCGAGAAGGCCGAGGUCAAGAAAAUCCGGGAGGUGGCGGUGGCGACGUCCAACUCUUCGGAGGAAGGAGAGCGUGUGGAGGUGGUGAAGACGGUGAUCGAGCUGCCCACGACAGUGCAGGCCAUGAUCAGCGGCGGACAGGUGCAGGCCCAGGUCAACGGGGUGGUGGUACACAACGGACUCGCCAGCACGCAGGUGAACACGCGUGCGGCCACCGGGGAAGAGGCCCCUCGAUCGAUCCUGGUGACGAGCCGUCAGCAGUACGGGCUGCCCGAGGACGCGGUGGUCUACUGCAACUUCAACCAGCUGUACAAGCUGGAUCCGGCCACGCUGCGCAUGUGGGUGCACAUCCUGCAACGGGUGCCCAACUCGGUGCUCUGGCUGCUGCGCUUCCCCGCCGUCGGGGAGGCCCACGUCCAAGCCUGGGCACAGGCAGAGGGGCUCGCCCAGCCGGGCCGCAUCAUCUUCUCCAACGUGGCCGCAAAGGAGGAGCACGUGCGCAGAGGCCAGCUGGUGGACGUGUGCCUGGACACGCCGCUGUGCAACGGUCACACGACGGGCAUGGACGUGCUCUGGGCCGGCACCCCCGUGGUCACCUGGCCGGGGGAGACCCUGGCCUCCCGGGUGGCCGCCUCCCAGCUGCACUGCCUCGGGGUGCCCGAGCUGGUGGCACGCUCCCGCAGGGACUACCAGGACAUCGCCAUCCGCCUGGGCACCGACCGGGAGUACCUCAAGGCGAUCCGGGCCAAGGUGUGGGCAGCCCGCAUGGAGAGCCCCCUGUUCAACGUGCGUGCCUACACGGCCAACCUGGAGAAGCUCUUCUUCAAGAUGUGGGCGCGCUACGAGGAGAACCAGCCACUGGACCACAUCAUGGACUAGGUCCUUGCGUCGGAGCCCAGCCACUGGGCCCGGCCUCUACUGUACAUGGUUCGCAGAUAACGGUGCGGUUUGCAGACGACGAGAAGCCACGCCGUCUUGCCAACAAAAGGUCCCGCAGUCUGGAGGAUCAGCUCGGGACCUGCAUUUCAUUGCCCAGAGACGUUGCGGCAAAUAAAAAGACACGAGUCGGGUC